GGCGGAUGCAAAGUAAGCUGUCAAAGUAUGGUGCAUUAUAUUUUUGCUUUGAUUCAUGAACGAUCAAAUAUAUUUCACCGAUUAAAGAAAGAAAUAGUAAAUAUGCGUUGAAUAUAUGGAAUUAUGAAAUAAUUAAUCGAUGUAAUUUGUAUAUAAUUAAAAGUACGAAUAUCUUGUAUAUAUUAAUUAAUAUUUCUUAAAACUGUUUACUUUAUAAUGAUGAAUAAUCGGAGACGAACGAAUAAUUUCACUUAUGUUAGUUCUUGUGUGAAAUAUAUGAUAUUUAUGCUCAAUUUUGUUUUUUGGUUAUUUGGAGGACUUCUAAUUGGAGUAGGUUUAUAUGCAUUUGUGGAUAAAUGGCAAGCAACUGGUUCUGUUAGAGUGGAAAAUGUAUAUGAUGUAAUUCUCAAUAUUUCACUUGUAAUGGUUAUUGCAGGAGCAGUAGUCUUUGUUGUUAGUUUUGCAGGAUGUGUAGGAGCAUUACGUGAAAAUACUUGUCUUCUUAAAUUUUAUUCAUUGUGUCUAUUGGUAUUCUUUCUGCUUGAAAUGGGUAUAGCAAUUGUUGGUUUUAUAUUUCCACAUACAUUACAAUCAUUAUUGGAAGAGUCAUUCACAGAUAAAAUCAUACAAACAUAUAGAGAAGAUCCUGAUCUACAAAAUUUUAUUGAUUUUGGUCAGCAAAAAUUCAGGUGUUGUGGUUUAAGUCAAGAAGGAUAUUUGGAUUGGGGAAAAAAUGAAUAUUUCAAUUGUUCCAGUCCUAGUGUAGAACGUUGUGGUGCACCAUUUUCAUGUUGCAUUAAUGCUACAGAUAUAUCAAGUGGACUUGUGAAUAUAAUGUGUGGCUAUAAAGUACAAAUGCUACCAGUUUCUGAAGCAGGUAAAAAAGUAUGGACUAGUGGUUGCAUUGAAAUCGUGAGAAGUUGGGCAGAACGCAAUUUGUACACAAUAGCUGGUAUUGCUUUAGGUAUAGCUCUUAGUCAAUUAUUUGUCAUUUAUCUUGCUAAAACAUUAGAAGGUCAAAUUGAAUUGCAAAAGUCUCGUUGGCAUUCCUGAGCUUGACUUCAGGCCACCUACCGUUAUCAAAUUCCUCCCAAUAGGCAGGUGGCCAAUAUUCGAUCAAGAAGUAAUGAUACUAAAAAAUGUGGAAAAAUUCGAAUGGCUUUACUUAUUAGUAUUGCAGUUCUUGUAUACAUAAUUUCUAUUUUUGUUUUCAUCAAACUUUUUUUUUAUUUCAAGAACAAUUUUCAUUUAUAUUUUA